ACAUCUACCAUGACAGUGGGUGUGCAUCUCCGACAUGCCGAGGUUUCAAAAGUACACAUCGACUUCGUGUCCAACACAAUUCAGCUAUGGAACUCAUAGCACGAGCCAGGAGCACAAUUUGGUUGAAAAGCACCUGAAAAUAAAAGAGGGGAAUCGCAUCCUGUCCAUUAAUUUGCUUUUUCCGUGAGACUGGGCCGUCCGAGGGUCCGCAUCACUAGCUGCCCGUGGAGUCUUCAGAUAAUAUCACCAGUUUCCAGAUUGACGGUCUCACAUUAUUCAGCCAAUUUAUUUGACUUGGAUUUACCAUGUCUUCUAAAGAUGAUCAGUCCGACCUCGAUCCGCGAGAGUUAUGUCGUCCACUACCAUUCGUCGAGUUGAUGGCGCUUGAGCCGCUGAAUAAUUCCCACCAGCCAUCGAACGCUACUGUUGAUGAUCCUGAAAGAGCAUACCGAUUUCGCUCGAGAGCUGUCCCUUUCUCUCCGGGGGACGGUUUCAUGGCAUUUGGCGGGCAUGUAUAUGCUCAGUCGGCGUAUGCCGCGUCCAAAACCGUGGACAAGGGAUUUACAAUACAUACCAUGACCGGUACAUUUACGCUCCCGGGACGUCUGGAUGUUCCAUUUGUCUAUGUGGUCCGGCGCAUACGAGACGGGAAACUGUACUGUACUCGGACAGUUGAUGCACGUCAAGGUGGUGAUGUCUGCUUCACGUGCGUGUGUUCUUUCAAACGGGAUGAAAAGAAGCAAACUUUCAGCCAUCAACCUGAGGCUGUUCAGCAACGCUACAAGUCUAUCAUGCACGGGAAGCGUCCUGAAGAUCACCCUGCCAGUCCAAGUGUGGAUGCCGACUGGUGGAUCGAACAUGUUCAGGAAGGGAGCAUUACAGAGCGGGAAUUCCCCGGGGUAAACGUGAGAAAGGUGGAUAUGAAGGGCUAUAAUGACACCGAAGAGAUCAAUCGGAGUCCAGAAAAGUACCGCCAAUUAAGCCUUUACUCGAUCAAGGGUUCCCCGGAGUAUCCUGCCACAUCCCGAGACACUCUCGACCUCAAAAACAAGGACCAGUCGGGAGAAUUCGACAACCUCUAUAUAUGUGCACAUUUGUAUUCUAGCGACAAAAACUCCAUCCCGUUAAUCCCACGCGCAUUGGGCAAUACAAACUUUAUUGCACUGGCGAGCUUGACCUUGACUGUAAUCAUUCAUCAGCAUGGAGAAGCUUUGAGAAUGAUCAAUUGGGACUCCGUGGCAUCUGGUGACGCGAAGGACUUGCCGAAGAAGUGGUUUGUACAGGAAGCUUGGACUCCUCGGUCAGGAGAGAACAGGGCAGUCCAUGAGAGUUGGUUAUGGAGCCCGAAUGGCGCAUUGUUGGCAACCACGCUGCAAGACUGUCUAUUUCGAUAUCCAUCUGAAGAGAAAUUAUAGAUGUAUAUCUGGAUUUCCUAUAUUGUAUGUAAAAUCUUCAUUAGAUAAUCAGUUAUUACUUUGUCGCU